CCAAGGGAGGGGCCCAUGAAAGAAGCCCCGCCCCCACUGAGUCAACCUGCACUCCUUCCGUAUGGCCCAUCAGCUUUCUCACUUGCUGCUGCCAUUUCCCUUCAGCAGCUUCUGUCGACCGCACAAACAGCAAAGAUGGCAUCCGGCGUGAAAGUGCACGACGAUGUGAAGAAGUUGUUCGACGACAUGAAGGUCGUGAAGGCGAACUGCGACCCAGGCGCUCGGUGCCGGCUUGUAUUUUUGGGAAUCGAUGGGGAUUUCAUCGUGCCUUGUCGUAUCAUCAAACAAUGCGACCUGGAUAAGUCGGGCACCGAUCCUUACGAUCUCAUCGUGGAACAUCUGUUAAAGGAGGAGUGUUGCUAUAUCUUGUACGACUGCCACUAUGAAAGGCGCGACGUGUACAAGGAGGACCUGGUCUCCAUAAUGUGGGCUUCAGAUCAGGCGCCCAUUAAAAAGAAAAUGUGCUACGCCAGCUCGAGGAAGGCUCUCACAAGUACUUUCUCAGGGAUCAAAUAUGAUUUUCAAGUGAAUGACAUCACCGAGCUCAACACCAGGGCGGCCUUUGCAGAGACUCUGGGAAUGGUUGGAGAAAUGAACAAACUUGAGUGCAAAUGUGUCGACUAAGCAACUGACAUUUGUGGCAUGGUUGCUUUUUAAAAUGUGGCUUUGAGAUUCCCUUCAACAGUAGUGCUGUUUAUGCAAUUUGUCUCUUAAGAAUAAUACAUUGUUCUAAUGUAAAAACCUGUGCGGAAUUUGGGCGACUGUUACAUAUUCACAUUUACCCUUUUAUCGAAUAAAAAAACAAUGCUACAGAUUUAA